AUGGCUCCUGUUAAUGUUAGUGGCGACGAUGUCAUCAUAACUGUUGUUGUCAAUGUAGUAGCUAUUAUUCAUAAUUUGAUUGACAUUCAAACUUUUUCAUCAAAAAUAGUUCAGAGUGCAUAUUUAACAUGCUCUUUAGAGGCAUUACAAAUAAAAGAAAAUGAAUUUGUUAUUAUUGAUCUAGCGGAAGAGGGCAUUACUUUUAGUGUAUCAAGCAUUUAUAAUACUCAAGCAACAGUGUUUUGGAAUUCUAAUAUAUUUGAAAGCUAUGAUUAUAACAACACUGUUUCUGGCCGAAUCCGACUCAAAGUUCAUUUAGAUUCUUUAGUUUCUGUUUUAAAAACUUUUAAUAUUACACUUAUACAUGAAAGUAGUAGUGCUCAUUGGUCGAUUUCAUAUGAUGUUGUUGAUGGCAGCCUUAUGAUCAAAACGAAUUUUUUCGGAGGUGCAAGAAAAGAGUCUAGGCUGACUACUACUUUAAUUGAUGAUGAAAACAACGAAUUUAAUUUGUUAAAUGAUCAAUAUGUAAAUCAAAAUACACUUUAUGAAAUUAAGAUCAAGUCAACCUAUUUGAAAAGUUGCUUAUUAAACAUCGGAGUUAUGAAAACUUUCAGUGUUGAAAUAAAAUGUGAAGCAUCAAGAUCUAAUGACUGUGACAGUGACAAUGAAAACAGACAUUUUUUAUUAUUUUCAGCAAUUGAUGUUUAUGGAAGAAAAGAAUGCAAAAUUCCAAUUGCAUGUCCUCUAAAUCAUCAGGGACUAACACCAUCAUUUAGAGAAAUAAAUGCAGAAAUAAUUAUUAAAGAAAAUGGAAUGAUGUUGAUCAAGAUUCCUAUAAAUAAAAAUUUAAAUAUUGAAUACAUAUAUUCUCUUUUAAAAUUCUGA